AGAAACAAACAUCUGCUUAUCUGAACUUCACAGACGUCCAAGAUCUUUACCAACGUCUGGCAAACUAAAGAAAUUUAGAAACACAGAGAUGUCAAAUCCUACCAGAGGUCCUGGAGUCAGCGCGUCUGCGUCUAGUGCUACAGACUCACUUUUGACGGUCCGUUCUAUUGACCUUCUGAAAUCCAGAGAUGGACCGAACCGCAGAGAGCACCACACAGAGACUUACAUUCAUGAUAAACUGAUCAUCCGCAGAGGACAAACCUUUCAAAUGUGGAUCGAUCUCUCACGACCCUUCAAUCCUAAAUCUGACCGACUGCAGAUGGAGUUUAGGUUAGAUUAUACGUAUCUGAAUAUUCGAGGGAUUCGUGUCACAGUUCCUUUAGUGGAUGAACUGGAAGACGACCGAUGGGAGAUGAAGAUUGUGGAGCAGAAAGACACAAAGAUUAGAUUGUCAGUCAACACUCCAGCGAGCGCUUCUAUUGGUCAGUAUAAGAUCUGUGUGGUGACGUAUUCACCAAAGGGAGGAUUGAUUUACCCGUACAGCAAGAACAAUGACUUCUACCUGCUGUUCAACCCCUGGUGUGAAGAUGAUUCAGUGUAUUUAGAUAAUGAGGCUGAAAGGAAAGAGUAUGUUUUGAAUAACAUGGGCAGAAUUUAUUACGGUACUGAGCAGCAAAUUGGAACCAGAACAUGGAACUUUGCUCAGUUUGAACAGGAUAUUCUGGAAGCUUCUCUGUUUGUAUUGGAGAAAGGUCGAGUAUCUGUGACAGCGUGGGGAGAUCCUGUGAAUGUCUGCAGAAUUAUAUCUGCUCUUGUUAACUCUAAUGAUGAUCGUGGUGUUCUGGAAGGUAAGUGGUCAGAGAGUUUUGAGGGCGGGACCGCACCGACAGCCUGGAGCGGCAGUGGAGACAUCCUGAGACAAUACUAUAAAAGUUCAGGGGCGCCUGUCAAAUACGCUCAGUGUUGGGUUUACGCUGGUGUCACUAACUCAGUGUUGAGAUGUUUAGGAAUUCCUACCCGUUGUGUCACCAACUUUAACUCCGCCCAUGAUGCAGACCUCUCCUUAACUACAGACAUUUAUAUUGACGAGAACCUGGAGGUCAUUAAAGAACGUACACAAGAUUCAGUCUGGAACUUCCAUGUAUGGAAUGAGUCGUGGAUGACUCGUCCGGAUCUCCCGGUGGGUCACGGUGGGUGGCAGGUGGUGGACUCUACCCCUCAAGAGCCCAGUCAGGGUUUCUAUCGCUGUGGGCCGUCAUCUGUCUUUGCUGUCCGUAAUGGACUCGUCAACUUAAAGUACGACACACCGUUUGUCUUUGCUGAAGUGAACAGUGAUAAAAUCUUCUGGCAGAGAAAAGCUGACGGAAGUUUCUCUCAGGUCAGUGUGGAGACAAAUACAAUCGGUCAGAGCAUCAGCACCAAAGCUGUGGGUUCAGAUACGCGUACCGAUAUCACACAUCUCUACAAAUACCCCGAGGGUUCAGAAGAGGAGCGUAUCGCUGUAGAAACAGCCAGUCGUUUCGGCUCUAAGCCAAUGGUCUAUCCCUUUCCCACGGCCAAUGAUGUCACCGUUGAAAUUAACAUGGAGGGGGCGGGGCCUCGUAUCGGUACUGAUGCCAAACUGACCCUGAUCCUGAAGAACAAAAGUUCAGUUCAGCGCAGCACAACACUUCUGUGUGAGGUUCUGGUGAUUUAUUAUACAGGAGUCAUGAAAACAUCGCUGAAGAAGGAACGAGUUUCUGUCAUCCUCAAACCUCAGGAGGUUAAAUCCAUCCCAUGGAUCCUACAGUAUCGUGAGUAUAUGAAUCAGCUGGUGGGUCAGGGAGCUCUCUUACUCACCGUCACCGGACGAGUCAACCAAACCAAACAGAUUCUGGCCACGCAGUUUAACUUCAGAAUGAGAACACCAGAUUUGAUCAUCACUCCUGUAGGAGAAGCUGUGAUUGGUAAAGAGCUGACGGUUAAGAUAUCGUUCCAGAAUCCACUGCAGCAGGUCUUGAAGAACGUUCUGUUCCGGAUUGAAGGAUUGGGAAUGCAAAGUGUCAGAAAGAUCACAUAUGGUGAUGUGGAAAAGCUUGCGACUGUUACACUGAUGGAGAAGUUUGUCUCCGCGUCCUCCGGUCCUCAGAAGCUUCUGGCAUCGAUGGACUGCCGUCAGCUCACUCAGGUUCAUGGAGUCGCUGAUAUCGUGGUGAAACAACAGUAAAAUUCUGCUCUGAAGGAGAUUUAACCACACUGAGAGAUCAUUCACAUUUAUUUGUAAUAAGAAUAUUUAAAUUUCUUAGCAAGUUUGUCAACAAUAAAGAUCUAACAUGAUUA